AUGAUUGGCGAGAUCUGUGCUGCAGCAACCUUCAUCUCCAAGUUCCUCUGCACCAAGGGCUUCAGGAAUGAGCAGCAGCUACAGACCUUCAGCCAGAGCCUGCAGGAGCUGCUGGUAGAACACUAUAAACACCACUGGUUCCCAGAGAAGCCGUGCAAGGGAUCGGGUUACAGGUGUAUUCGAAUCAACCAUAAGAUGGAUCCCCUGGUCGGUCAGGCAGCCCAGCAGAUUGGACUGAGCAGUCGAGAGUUGUUCAGGCUUCUCCCAAGUGAACUCACACUGUGGGUUGACCCCUAUGAAGUGUCCUACAGGAUUGGAGAGGAUGGCUCCAUCUGUGUGCUGUAUGAAGCCUCGCCAGUGGGAGGUAGCUCUCAAAACAGCACCAAUGCACAAAUGAUAGAUAGCAGAAUCAGCUGUAAGGAGGAACCUCUUUUGGGCAGAACAAGCCCUUCUCAGAACUACAAUAUGAUGGCUGUAUCAGGUUAA